GCUUGUGUUGUUCUUCCUGCCUCACUCCUCCUCCUCCUCCUCCUCCUUUACUCCGGCUGUUCGUCGCCAUGCAGCGGUGCGUCCGUCAGCUCCGGCUCUGCAACAUCCUGCUGGCGGUGCUGUGGACUGUGCUGCUGUGGAGCAGCCUCUCAGCAGCAGAGAAAGAAGUCUCCCCCUCAGCACAGUCUUUGGUGGUGCCACAAAGUAACACGAGGGAUGGCAGUACGAAGGGCAGCAGUGCCAGUGUCUCAGCAGGAGGUUUGCUACACUCUGUGCUGGCUCAAAAAGGACGACUUGUAUCCAGAAAAGUAGAGACUCUCCCCUUGGCUCUGCCCCAGAAUCUGCUCCCUCUUCUGGGCCGAGGACUCAGUGUCAGCUCCCUUUAUGAAAGUCAUGCUUUGGAGCAUCAGAGCAAAAAAAUUCUGACAAGGGUAAAGUUCCUAGAAUUGGCUAAAGGGUCAAGCCAAGGCAGCCAACCAAGUCAACCUCCAUCCACAGACUCACCGUCUGAGCUGCCACACACACGGGCUCACACGCCGGAGCCAGAAGCUGAGAUCACAACUGCGAGCACCGUGCUGGACGUGGACACAGACACUGAAAUACCCUCACCAGCUGCAUCUAGCUGCAUGGUGAAUUUCACAGAUGCAGAGGGAUACAUAGACUCCUCUGACAACCCACCUCUGCCCGAUGCUGUCUUUUUGCACUGCACCUACACAGUCACCGUGUACACCGGCUACGGAGUGGAGCUACAGGUGAAGAGUGUGAACCUGUCAGAUGGUGAGCAACUGUCCAUCAGAGGUGUAGAUGAGCAAGGUGCAUUGCUGGUACUGGCCAAUCACACGCUGCUGGUGGAAGGUCAGGUGAUCCGCAGUCCCACCAACAUUCUGUCUGUCUACUACGGCUCAGUGCUGGAGGGAAGCAUAGGCACCUUCCAGCUGCAUUAUCAGACUUUCAGGCUAAGUUGCUCGCUGCCAAAGAGACCUCACUUUGGGGAGGUGUCAGUGCUGGACCUGCUCCCUGGAGGUGUUGCCCACUUUCACUGCCACAUGGGUUACCAUCUGCAAGGGGAGCCGGAGCUCACCUGUCUCAACGCCUCCCUGCCGAUUUGGAGCGGCAAGGAGCCCACCUGCAGGGCUCUUUGUGGAGGCACAGUGAAGAAUGCAACAGUAGGGAGGGUGCUGUCCCCGUCCCCCCACCAUGGCCCUAACGCCAGCCUGGACCGAUCCUGCUCCUGGUCCCUUGAAGCACCCAAAGACCAAAGACUGCACCUGCACCUGGAGAGACUGUCCUUGGGGCCAACAGACAGGCUGGUGCUGUGGAGCGGUCUGGACGCUGGCUCCGUGGUGUUGUUCGACUCGGGUCGGGGUGGACAGAUCCCGUUCGAGGGAGUGAUCAGUGAGGGUCCAGCUGUAAGGAUCCAGUUCAUCACUGAGCAGCCAAACCACAACACGGGCUUCAACAUUCGCUAUGAAGCUUUUGAGCGCGGCCACUGCUAUGAGCCAUAUCUUCAGAAUGGAAACUAUACUACGUCAGACCCGUUGUACGGUGUUGGAGCUGUGGUUCAGUUCACUUGUGACCCAGGCCACUCUUUAGAGCAAGGCCCCCCGGUGAUUGAAUGCAUAAGUGCCAGAGAUCCGUACUGGAACGACACCGAGCCACUCUGCAAAGCUCAAUGUGGGGGUGACCUGACCGGUCCAGGAGGAGUGAUUCUAUCUCCAAACUGGCCUGAGUGGUAUGGAGAAGGAGAGGACUGCAACUGGAGAAUACAUGUUGGCGAGGAGAAACGAGUUCUACUUGAUGUACAACUACUAAACAUCAGUGACAGCGACAUGUUGACCAUCACUGAUGGUGAUGAAAUCACGACCCUUAUUCUGGGACGCUACGUUGGAGGCAGCAGCCCCUUCAAGUUGUCCUCCACUACACCAGACCUGACUAUCGCCUUCCACUCUGACCCUGCUGGGCUCGUCUUUGGGAAGGGUGAAGGCUUCAUCAUCAACUACAUGGAGGUGUCCCGUAAUGACUCCUGUCCAGACUUACCUGAAAUCCAGAACGGCUGGAAGACAACGUCUCAUGUUGCACUUGUACGAGGAGCUCGGAUCACCUACCAGUGUGAUCCUGGUUAUGACCUGGUGGGACGAGAGACCCUCACCUGUCAGCUGGAACUCUCCUGGAGCUCCCAGCCCCCCUUCUGUGAAAAGAUUAUGUACUGUUCAGAUCCAGGCCAUGUGGAGCACUCCACCCGGUCACUGUCUGACCCUAAACUCCUGGUUGGUACAACCAUUCAGUACAGUUGUAACCCUGGCUUCAUUAUGCAGGGUGGUGCCACCAUUACCUGUUACGGCCGUGAGCCGGGGACGCCUGUGUGGACAUCUCGACUCCCACACUGUGCAUCUGAGGAUUCUGUUUCCUGUGAGAACCCUGGUCUCCCUGAUAAUGGCUACCAGAUCCUGUCCAAGAGGCUGUACCUGCCCGGCGAGUCGCUCACGUUUGUUUGUUACCAGGGCUAUGAGCUCAUUGGAGAGGUUGCCAUUAAAUGCAUCCUUGGAAACCCGUCGUUCUGGAGCGGCCCGCUCCCGCUCUGCAGAGCCACCCAUGACUGCUUUGGCAACCAUGCUUUGGAAGUUGCAGAGGCGACUGCAGGCUCCCCUCUGGAUGGAGGGAACAUAACGUUAGCCAUCGUCAUCAUCAUUCUGCUGGUGUCUGUGCUGCUGGGUGGUGUGUAUGUCUACGUCACCAGGUGCCGAUAUCACUCCAACCUAAGGCUGCCUCUCAUGUACCCACACCCUUACCGACAGAUCACUGUGGAGACAGAGUUUGAUAACCCACUGUAUGAGACAGGCGGAGACACUCGUGAAUAUGAAGUAUCAAUAUGAGAAGACAAAAGACAUUUCUGAACCAUCCGUCCUAACUCUUCAUCUUUCCUGCCCGCCCCACUCUGCCCAGGAGGAGGCAAUGUAAAUACAAAUAAUGAUGUCCAGCCCCUCCUGCUGUAAAAUGCAGUGAUUGAUCCUUUUCUCCUUUAAUGUCAUAGCUUUUAUAGAUGUAGUGGGAAACAGAAGAGAGCUGGUCGUGCAAACAGGAGAGAAACCAGUGAGGAAAAGGAGAUGCCCAGUGUGGAUUUGAACCAUAGAGGUUAGGGGAAAAUGAAGAGAAAGAUAUCAGGGACAGGACAUCGUAGGAGAAAAAUAAAAAAAAAAGGUUUAAAAUUUUACCUUUUCUUCCAUUACUUGUAAUUAAUUUAGCAGAAUCCUGAAAAUAAAA